UCUGGCAAGCAGCAGCACUGUGACAUGCCCGUGUCCUGCAGCACAGGCAUUUCACGGCAUAUGGGCUCAUCCUGGUGGCAAAAAGGAAGACUACAGGUCUCCGGAGAUGCAGACAAAGCCCUCUUUCUCUCCGUGAAAAGUAAAGCCUGGCAGACACAACCUCCGUCUAAGUUGCUGGAGGAGCCGGGACUCGAACUCUUAACCCGCCGCCAGUGACCGCCCCCCAAGGACCCCCUUUAGGUGCCCUCCGCGUUCGCCGGGCGGUGGCGCUCCGGUAGUGGGCGGGCGGACGGCCGGCAGGAAGCGGAAGUGGCGGCGCGGGUCCUGGCGCCGUUACCGGGCGGAGGCGCGGGCCCGGGGCGGCAGCUCCGUCCUGUCGCUAUGAGCGCGGCCGGGCUGGUGUCCGCCACGCCGCCCGCCCCCGCGCCGCCUGGGGCGCCCGCCCCCGCCAUGCCCCCCGGGCCCGAGUACUACGAGGAGGAGGAGCUGGAGAGUGCCGAGGAGGAGGACGGCGACAGGAGCGCUCGGGCCCGCGACUCCGAUGAGGACACUGAGGAUGCCAGUGAAACAGACCUGGCGAAACAUGAGGAAGAGGACUUUGUGGAAAUGAAAGAACAGAUGUAUCAGGACAAACUGGCAUCUCUGAAGAGACAAUUACAGCAACUGCAGGAAGGUACUCUUCAGGAAUAUCAGAAAAGAAUGAAAAAGUUGGACCAGCAGUACAAAGAAAGGAUACGAAAUGCAGAACUGUUCCUCCAGCUGGAAACAGAUCAGGUGGAAAAAAAUUACGUCAAGGAAAAGAAGGCAGCAGCAAAGGAGUUUGAAGAUAAGAAAAUUGAGCUUAAGGAGAAUUUGAUUGCGGAGUUGGAAGAGAAAAAGAAGAUGAUCGAGAAUGAAAAGCUGACCAUGGAAUUAACAGGAGAUUCGAUGGAAGUGAAGCCUAUUAUGACAAGGAAACUGCGGCGGCGACCGAACGAUCCAGUUCCUAUCCCAGACAAGAGGAGGAAACCUGCCCCUGCUCAGCUAAAUUAUUUGUUGACUGAUGAGCAAAUAAUGGAGGACCUGAGAACACUGAACAAGCUUAAGUCACCCAAGAGACCAGCAUCUCCCUCCUCUCCUGAACACCUCCCAGCUACACCCGCGGAGUCUCCAGCACAGCGCUUUGAAGCCCGGAUAGAAGAUGGAAAACUCUACUAUGACAAGAGAUGGUACCACAAGAGCCAAGCUAUCUAUCUGGAGUCUAAAGAGAACACUAAGAUCAGCUGUGUGAUCAGUUCUGUGGGCGCCAAUGAGAUCUGGGUGAGGAAAACCAGUGACAGCACAAAGAUGAGAAUCUACCUGGGGCAGCUGCAGCGAGGUGUGUUUGUGAUCCGGCGGCGAUCGGCUGCGUGACUUUGUGCUCUUCCUUGGUCUCUUUAUUUCUUUGACUGAUAGACAAACCUCUAGUGGGGAAUGGCAGACUGUUCACUCAUCUUAGCAGCAGAGAACACUGUCGUGACCUCUUCCGAGACAGUUUGUGGCUGGCCACAUAAUCCCCGGUAGUCCUUAAAUCUCUAGUGAUACCCAAACACUGCCCUGGACUAUUUCUGGAUUUUGCAUCAAGCUUCUGUAACGCUUUCUUUAUAUUUUGGGUGACUAUUUAAGACUACUUUGCAUCAUACUUUUUUCAUCGUUGUUUCAUGGUGCGUAAAUGGGACUCGUAUGUUGAAAAUGACGUAACAUUUAUGUUUUGGAUCAGACCAAUGGAAGAAGCUUUGCUUGUGAAGACCUGGGCUUAUUUGUUCUUGUAUUCCUGCAAGACUCAGGAUGUUUGGCAAAAGGAGUUUAAUCUUGUCAGCUUUCAACUGCAGCUGGGACGUACAUCUGUAACACCUGGUACACAGCAUCGGCUUUACUGGACAAACUGUUUAAAGACUUGAGCACUGAAGCUUUUUUUAGGAAAGUGUGGACAGCUUAGAGACUGAAAAUCCAGUUGAUUUCAGUGUAGCUAAGCAGUCACAUGUGGUUAAUCAGAAGCUUGUUUCUCUUCACAAUUAAAAAACCUUUUGAUGAACAAGCCAAGAGUACAUCUAGCUGCUGAAGUGGCUUUCCUGAAGGAGGUGGAUGAGUAUAAACCAAAGGAUUAAUUAACUGGACUUUGGAGACAGCAAGACUAUGGGAAAGAUAUAACCACUCACAUAGAGAGGUGAAAGGCAAAUUUCACAUUCUUUACCAAUGUUAGAGGAACAGAACAUGCUGGAAUCCUGCCAGCAGAAGGUCCUGGAUCUGUUGUAUCUUUCAAAGAAGCUGGGUACAGAGCAGGAAGCGGCGCUGAUACGCUCUUAGUGUAUGCUGAAACCUUCGUUCCCUAAAACGUCACACCAAGGUUUCCCUUUGGAGAGUGUUUUAAUUACUGGAGAGAACAUUGGAUUUCUGCACAAGUGAAAAUGCUCGAGUAACAAUAUUAUGUGCUCCCUUCCAGGAUGUUUGAAGAUCUGACUUUGCAAUUCCUUUAUCAUUCCCAGUCCUUUGCUGGUGGCUGAAACCACCAGUACCGUGUACGACCGAAGUGCACAUUGCGCUGGCAAUGCUGUCACAUCUUGGCCUUCUGUGCGAAAGAACGUUGUGCUCCUUUUGAUUACUGAACAAAACGUUGUGAUUUCUGCCUUUAUCAAUAUCUGUCACUUUGAGGCAUCUUUCGGUUUUGCUUUUGAGCUGUGUUCUUGUUCAGCAUCAGUCAAGCCUUCCUUUCAUAUCUGGAUAAAUGGCGUGUUUUAAACGACUGGUUCAGUUUCUUUUACUUCCUGCAGUUGGGUGGCAGUCACAUCUCAGUCGUUGGUGUCUGUACGUGGAUCUGGAGUGGGGCAUUAUGGCUGGAUUUCUGAUGUGUUGCCUUCGUGGCUGAGAUGUCCUUACCUGUUUUUACUGUCUUUUGAGUUUCAACUGAAUCUGGAGCUUUGGUGAGGAAAGCAGAGGGUGCCUGUUUCCCACCCCUUGAAAAUGUGCUGUGCUUGCUGCAGCAUUAGUCAGGUGGAAAGCAGAGCUGUAUUUUGUCAAGUUAACAGCAUACUUAAUAUAAUUUAGCGUUCUCUGUACGUGUGACAGGUUUUUAAUAAGGUGAUGAUGUACCGAGCAGGAUUUGUCACUGAGCCUUAAAACGAACAUCAUAGUUCUUACAAUAAAAAGUGCUAAAUAAA